CCUGCCUCCCCAGCUCCGGCCCCGAGCCCCGGCCGGAGCCCGGGGCCCCAGUCCGCCCCCAACGAGCGGCGCGGGCGGCUCCCUGUGCGUCCCUCCGCCCUCCGCCGCUGUGCCCACCCCCUAGCCAGAGAGAGUGCUGGUGACUCCUUCCUCCGAGCGGGGUUACCUGCUCUGCGCCGCGGUGGACACGUGCGGAGGUCGGACUGACACACGCAGCCCCUAGGGAGGCCAGAAGCGGCCGGGUCCCUCAGGUGGAAUGAUUGUGAACUAAGACGCGCUCUGGCAGAGAAUAUGUAAUCGUCUCGGUGUCUGUGCAGAGGACUGCUCUUCGGGGAGGGAAGAGGAGGGAUCGGCUCGCUCCACUGCGACUCGGCAGGCGGAGUUUCGCGGCAGCACCAGGGUUGCGCCCGCCCGCGGGGAGGUCGCUCCUUCCAGCCCCAGCGUCCACAGGAGCCCGAACGCCUAAGCGCGGUAGUCCCAGCGGUGAGGGAGAGCUAGACCCAUCCACAGGGCGCGAGGGAGCGGGCCGGGCAAUCCCGGAGGUAGUGAGUGGCGGCUGCGAAGAAGCGAAGCGCUUCUCCAGCCCACACCAGCAGGGCAGCUCUGCGCCAGGAAGCGUUCGGGCACGAUGGAGAAGGACGGCCUGAGCCGCGCGGACCAGCAGUACGAGUGCGUGGCGGAGAUCGGGGAGGGCGCCUAUGGGAAGGUGUUCAAGGCCCGCGACCUUAAGAACGGAGGCCGUUUCGUGGCGCUGAAGCGCGUGCGGGUGCAGACCGGCGAGGAGGGCAUGCCGCUUUCCACCAUCCGCGAGGUGGCGGUGCUGAGGCACCUGGAGACCUUCGAGCACCCCAACGUGGUCAGGUUAUUUGAUGUGUGCACAGUGUCAAGAACAGACAGAGAAACCAAACUAACAUUAGUGUUUGAACAUGUUGAUCAAGACUUGACCACUUAUUUGGAUAAAGUGCCAGAGCCUGGAGUGCCCACCGAAACCAUAAAGGACAUGAUGUUUCAGCUUCUUCGUGGUCUGGACUUUCUUCAUUCUCACCGAGUCGUGCAUCGUGACCUAAAACCACAGAACAUUCUGGUGACCAGCAGCGGACAAAUAAAACUGGCCGACUUCGGCCUUGCCCGCAUCUACAGUUUUCAGAUGGCUCUUACUUCAGUGGUCGUCACGCUGUGGUACCGAGCCCCGGAAGUCCUGCUCCAGUCCAGCUACGCCACCCCUGUGGAUCUCUGGAGCGUUGGCUGCAUAUUUGCAGAAAUGUUUCGUAGAAAGCCUCUUUUUCGCGGAAGUUCAGAUGUGGAUCAACUAGGAAAAAUCUUGGACGUAAUUGGACUCCCAGGAGAAGAGGACUGGCCUAGAGAUGUGGCCCUUCCCAGACAGGCUUUUCACUCAAAGUCUCCUCAACCCAUUGAGAAUUUUGUAACAGAUAUUGAUGAACAAGGCAAAGACCUACUUCUGAAGUGCUUGACAUUUAAUCCAGCCAAAAGAAUAUCUGCCUACGGUGCCUUGUCUCACCCAUACUUCCACGACCUGGAGAGGUGCAAGGAGAACCUGGAUUCCCACCUGCCGCCCAGCCAGAACAGCUCGGAGAUGAAUACAGCCUGAGCUUCCAGCCACUGCCUUGAGCCGCCGACCUGGAGAACAGCGUUGGUGGCUCCUGCUGUGUAAGCCAUGCAGAGCUGUUGGAGAUCCCUGGCUGGAGACCUGUCGGCUGCUGUCUCCUGGACGGCUCUGCUUCUCCACGGAAACCAACUGUUUACCAUUUGAAAUCAAUGCAAGAAUGAUUGCAGCUUUAUGUUCAUUCAUUUGUUUGUCUGUCUGUUUGUUUGUUUCAAAAACCUGGGAAAAUUCCAGAAGAGAAGCUGCUGACCAAUUGUGCUGCCAUUUCAUUUUUCUAAUCUUGAAUGCUGCCAAUGUAAAGUGAGCAAUCCAGGCGCAGCUGAGUUAUGAUGUAAUCUCUCUGCAGCUGCCGGAGCCUGAUUUGGUACUUUGGAGUGAGCGUGUGUGAGUGAGUAUGUGUGUGAUUCUUGAUCUCUUAAAAGUGUUACUUUCUGUAAACAGCAAGAAUAAUUGAAUUUUAGAGACUCAAAGAGACCCAUAAAUAACAGGCAUCUGUUGACUGAAGCUGAUUCACCAGAAUGGGCUUCUCAAAUUAGAAAGUUGAGCCUAUGUCCUCAGAAUUCCUUUUCCAGCCAAAAGUAGUAAAUUUGUUAGUAGUAAAAGUUUCACUGUCUAGAUGAAGUUUUAUACACAAAGCAAGGAGAAAAAAAUUCUAGUAUCUUUUAAGAGAUCUAUUUUUUAAAGCACACAUCCUAUUUACUCUUCAAAAAGCGGAAUUUACUCAUUCUAAGUAAAUUGUAACCUGUAUAUUAUGCUUUAUUGUUCCUUUUGAAAAAAAUACCUGAUAAGCUCUUUCUUACUUGCUAUAUAGAUUUAGGGAGUAUACCUCAAGUAGAUAAAAUUGUCCAAAAAAAUAGAGAAAGCAUUUAUUUCUUGGUUUUAAAUUUAUUCCUUUUUGUUGUUUUUGUUGUUCUGUUUUGUUUUUGAUUCUAGUGAUUUGUCAGAAGCUGUUUCCUGGUUUGGUUUGGAGAGUAGCUCUCUGACUAGAGACAGGAAUGCCAUUUGUUUUCCCCACCUGUUACACUGUACUUCUUCCACAAUGCACUGCCUGUCUUCAAAGCAUCAGUCUCACCUAUCCCCCAGCACCUCGAAUAUAUAUAUAUAUAUAUAUAUUACUGCCAUUACGUAGCUAAUAACAGAUUGCUUAAGCUGUUUGCACCCUUUCUGUCUUCCUUUCUUGCUCUCAGUGAACGUUUCGUAAAUAGAUUGAGAUUAUGGUUUAAGGCUGCAAUCCCACAAUCCUUACAGGAUCUCCUGUGUUCUCGCUCUAAAGCCAUCUUCCUACCUGGCAUUCACUGUUGUUACCUAGGCAAUGAGCACAGAAGACUGGUUCUUCUUCUCUAUCACCAGCAGAUAGAUUGCUUUAAACCGUUAACUGUGUUUUACGUUUUUAUUGAAUAUAUUGUCAGUGUAGUGUCUAAGGGAAUAACUUUUUUUUUAGAAAUAAAUAAUUACUCUACAGAAUGAUCCCCCCUCUCCCCUAGGCUGUGCUCGUUUCUGGUGCCUCGUGCGCACUCCUGCUCUCUGCAGAGCCAGCCUGACUCGGGCAUCGUGAACAGCUUUAUUUCUCUUGCCGUUUUCUCUACAGCGCUUUGUAUUCCAUACCAUCUCUGCCUGCCUUAUGUGUGAUUAGUGCUCUUUUGGCUCUAAUAACCACAACACACAGAGAUUAAGUAUGUUUAGGGAGUUUUAGCUAGCUUUGCCUUAUGACUCGUAUUUUGAGUUCAUGCGACAGUUAGGCCAUGUUUAGGGUUAGGGUUUUCAAGAAUGGACAUUGCUUCACUCAAAGGAAAAUGUUCCAGCUGAUGUUGAUGCAUAGUCAAGCCUUACUGAAUUCUUCACAGCUUAAUAUUGUAGACGACUAUCUUGAACAGGAGAAAAAUUUAGAGUUUUCUCCUUGAGAGCUUCUUGGGUCAGGAACCAGUCAUUUUUAAUUACGUACAUUGUUUAACAUUGCUCUAAUUCAGUAACUUGAAGAGCAGGAAGAUUUGUGUAAAGCAAGAUGGAGAUGAGAAGACAGGCCAAAAGAAUGUUUUAUACUUUCUUUAUUGUGAUACCAUCAUGUUUUGUGAUCACUGUAAAUGCUUGAGAUAUAAUGAAUCCAGAGCGUGUAAUGUAGGGCAAGGUGUAUUUGCAGUCCGCCCUGGAAACCUGAGUCCUGCCUUUCCUUUGAUUGGAGGCAAAAUACAAAGACAUUUUUGCAGACCUCUAGAAGUUGAAUUUUUAAAACUCGCCACACUGACUCAUCGUGAGUUUUUUGAUGAGUAUCCAUGGUCAGUGUGAACCUAACUAGAGUUUUUGCUUUUGUAAAAGUUUUAAGUUUGCUUGAGAAAAACGCAGCUGUGUCUAAACUGGAAUUUUUUUCAGCAUUCUUUAGAAUUUUAAACAUAAGAGCUCAACUUUUAUUUCUAGCAUAUGCUUUAGGUGCAUUUUUAGCAGUGUUUAUGAGGAAAACUUAAAACACAAACGUUUUGUGUUUUUAGAUACUUGGCUAAUUAUCCCCUGGGAGGCAGAAUGGGAGGGCAUCUCAGCCUCUCUGAACUUAAGAGUCUGUCCCCAGCUCUUCCAUGGUUGUGGCUUGUGACACUUCAGUGAUUACUUUCUUUUUUUAUGUCAUUUACAUGAGGCUCAGUGCUUCUGAAAUCUAGAUCCCACACCAGCACACUCGCUAUUAGGAGUCUUUAAAGCAUAUAGGAGAAUACAAAGUUAACUGGACACAGUUUAUUCUUCUGUGACAUACGUUUUCAAACAUCUUUGCCAAAAAGCUAGGUAGGUGAGCUGAAAAGGUGAGACUGCCCCAGAAUUAUACUGAAGUAACUUAGAGCAGUAAAAAUACGGUGAUGGAUUUGAAAAUGCAUUUGAAUUUCUUUGUAGGAGAGGUCCAAGAAUGGGCAUGAUAGUUCCUCUGUGAUACUCCUUCCCGGCAGCCCAGGCAUUGUGGGAACUGUAGUGAAGCUGUCAAAAUCUACAUUUAAAAAGAGUAAAGGAGAAAUCUGCCCACUUAGGCAUCAUAGCAAUUGUGUGGCAGAGGGUAAUGAAGACCUAACCUUAGAACCGUAGAAACACAAUUUCUAAGAGCUUAUAAGAAUCCAGUGGGUUGGAGCCACCCACUUCAUCCCUCUUUUGAAGUGGAUGGGAACUCAGAGAGCAAAGAACCUGUUUUGGAAGGAAGCUCUGGGCCAUUCAGCCCCUGUACUCCUGACUUUUUUCUCAGGAAACACACUGUGAAUGACAACCUUUUCAUUUAGCCCCAGGUGACUUCCUAUAAAUAGUUCAAAACUGUCAUCUAAGAAUAGAACCUUGGCCUCUUAGUUUAAGUAAAAAUGAAAAUUUCAGAAUGUCCAGGUUGUCAAUAUCUUAAAGAAAACUUGCACCUUAUAACAGAGUGAUUAUAGUUUGACUCCUGGGUGUGGUACUAUCCAUAAUGAUGAGAAAAAAAACCUUAAAUUGUACCAAACAUUUCGAAUCUUAAAUUAUGUAUGUAAGUUGAGCUUUUAACUAACUAUAGCUGCUUCUCCUAAAAGUAGUGCCUGUAAAAGUCAGUAAUGGCUUCCAUUCUGGAAAUUAAAUCAUAUAAGCUUCCCAAUAUCAUAAACAUUAAAAUUCUUCUCUCCAAAGAAUUUCUUUUAAGUGACAGCUUGACUGUUUUUAUGCUAAGCACAUGAGAGUGUCCCACAUCUUCCAGCAGCAGGCUUUUGUUGCACACUUGGGUCUAAGAAAGCAUAAUGUUAAAAAGUUAACAAGCCCCUAUAAUUACUUCAUUGUGUUAGGGUAGAGAUUAGAAUAUUUACUUCAGAAAGAAAAUAUUGAAAUAUUGUAAAUUCUUAAAUAGUGAUAGAAUUCAAAAGAAUGCAAGCUUUACAUUGUGACACAUAAAAAUGAUGUAUUUGAUGAAAAUGAAGAUGUUACAUGAUUUCUAAAUCUUUGAAAAUCAUAAAACAGGCAAUUGAUCGAGGAAAUUCUAGAGAAAAUGAAGGUAUUCAAAGACUGAUAGUUCAAGGUUAAAUAUAUUUUGAAGGAUAUAUCCUUUACUAACAGAUGCAUUGUAAGAAUUUAUAUUGAAGUCAUCUGGCAAUUAUGAAUUCGAUACGUUCAAAAGUAAAUCUGGUGGAGAAGCCAUUACACGCAAUUAUCGUUCCAGAAUUUGAGCUGAGCAAACCGAAACAUCUGUAUUCCUUUCUCCUUUCAUGGACAGAAGCAGCCAUGUGAAGAGGCUACAGGUGUUACGCAAGUUUAAGAAUGUUCCCUUUUUCAGAAAAGUAAAUUUUGUAAAAGCAUGUGUUUCCUUCGCCACCAGUAUUUUUGCAAAAUUUGAAACCUGAACCAUUGGUCGUGAACGCAGGCAUUUGGUGCGUUCACUUACGUGGUUACGAGGGUAGCUGCGCAAUUACUUCUCCGCUGGGAGAGCUUCCUGAGGCUCCUCCUCAAAACCUGUCAGGACCUGUCGAGUCCUCGAAUCAUUGGUAAUGAAUGGUGUUUCCCUCCAAAUCACGAGACAAUAACUUCUCAUCAAUGCAGUUUUCAACCUAGUUUUGUUAGAUACCUAUAUCUCAAGCAUUUCUGGUGUACUUUUUCAGGAAAUAAAUCAAAAAAUAUUCUUUUGGUCUUUUCUUUUCUGACCUUUGCAAAAUUAGGAGAGUUCUGAUUUUUAAUUUUUUUCCUCAGUUAGCUUUUUUUAAUGAAGUACAAAUGGGCUUUUCAAAUUGACCUCUAUUUCUCGGCAGUCCCAGGGAGCUAAUUCAGAUAAGUGAAUGGACUCCCAUCAUGUCUGUUUCCUUUAUACUGGUGCUCUGGCCUUCAAGAAGAAAACGAGAGCCACCGGAAAAUAAACACAGACUUUUUUUCGAGUAUCUACUUAAGUUCUGUUACAACAAUUGGAAGUUAAUAUGGUAGGAAAAAGAGGUGCAAAGACCUGUUUUAAAAUUCACACUGUUCUGAGAUGAGCGUUCUGGUUUUAAUCCCGGUAUGUUCCACAAGGUGGCACUGUCAUGGGGGGAGCGGUCUGAGCUAGGCUGACGAGGGAUUUGUGAACGCUUCAUUCUGGCUUUUUUUCUGCAUAUGCUUAACUCUUGUCUAGCACUUGUGUUUUUAGGCAAAUAGUCUUCACACUAUUCUGUAACUUAGAUAUUUUAGUUAGCUAGGUUCUGAAGGAGUGUCUAAUUGUUCUUAGAGAUAACACACUCAUUUUGAUCAUUUAAGUGUGCAAAGAAAGCCUAGAUAUUCAUUUAUUUAAGAAACUUUUUUUGAGGUUCCUAAUCACCUCGCUUUUCUAGGUGCAGAAGUUUCCAAGGUGGACAGGCUUUAUUACUAAAAUGGCAUCACUCAGUUUUGGUAGGAGUGUAAAACUCCAGCAGUGCCCCCUGCCCCCACCCAAGUACCAAACCCUCCUCCGCGGCUUUCACAUUCCUACGUUCACGACCACGCGCCUUCUGACACGGAUUACAGUUUUAAUCCUAAUUUAAAAUUCAGAUGAGCAAAAUAAGUAACAUAUUUGUUAGUAAAUAGCAAAGCGAUUUUUUCUAAAGAAUUGGCUGUGCUCAAACACAGCCCUGAAAUACAUAUUUGUAUUACCACAAGUGUACUUCCACAGGAAAUUAUAAUUUUUUUAAUUUUUGGCUAAAGAAAAUAGGAGUAUAUCUACACAAGUCUUUAAUUUCUCCAUUUGUGAAGUUCUUGGCAACUUUAUUGUAGAUACAGAUACCCAUAUACUUAUGUUUUCAUUCACAGGUGUGCGCAAAGACUCAUUAAUCCCUAGAUUUUACCUAAUUUUAGAAGUCACUUUUACUUGGUCGUGUCACUAAAAUUUAGGAGGAAGGAAAUUACAGUAUUUUUCAGAGUUUCCUUAUCAGAGCAUAACAGAAUGCAGUUUAUGCUUAAGGAGUGAUGGAAAUUCAAUAGUGCUUGGUUAACUUUUCUAAAGAGUAGCCAGCAGGCCAGUCUCAGUAAUUCACACUGAGUCACAAAGUACCACGCACAGUAGGGGCUGUCAAAAACGGCGUCGGCCUCAUCCCUCUGCUCAAAUUCCCACUGAAGUAGGUUACAGUUUAAGGCUGAAUUCAAACCCCGAGUUUGUUAUCAGUUGGGCCAGUCUGAAUUCCAUUUUCUCCUGUUAGAGCUUCACUCUUGCCCGGCAACCUCCCCGGUGCGCAGCACCCGUCACCCA